UUCGCAGCGCCCGGAGCGACGUCACACCAAGGUGGAAGAAGAAGAAGAGGAAGAGGAGCGCAUUUUUUCCCUCCCAUUAUCAUCCUAAGAAAACACAUCGGCCCACAGACCGGUGGCACACUGCAGACACCUACCUGCAGCCGGCGCGCACCGCAGACCGCCUCUCCAGCGAAGUUCAUCCGUGCGUCACUUCGGAGUGCGCAGGGAAGGAGCCAAAUCCAACAGCACCACACAAACUCACACACCACGGUUUAUUCUUAUGUAUUUGGGAAGCACCGAUGUUCUUCUUCUUAGUUUUUUAGGUCAUAUCAUAGUUUAAAAACAGGAAAGAGGCUCCGGGUGUCCUCGAAACCAGACUCGUUCCGUGCGCUUUUUUCGCCCUGAAAGAACUUUCCUGCUUUGGCACUUCUCUCUCCUCCUCUGACCGCCGCUGGAAACAUGUGAAACACCGCGACAGAUUACAGCUCAACGACAAUGAGUAAGUUAACGACACCUUUUGAAAGUGGACGUCUCUCCUGCAGCCUCCUCGCCGACUUUGCUGCGCGUUAAGAUGCGCCGGGCAGACGAGAAGUUGGAUGAUGAACCUUGUUUGCGCUUCCAGUGACAUUUUGCUGAGUCGUACCGCCGCAGAACAAGAGCCUCCUAUCUAUUUCAGAUGUGACCCAAGUCUCUGCUGGCUGAGCUGAGUCGCUUCAAACUUUUCGCUGGGGGAAUCUCAUUGAGGAUUCGCAGCGCUCAACAUGACUGUUAUUCGCCUAUCGCGGAUCCAGCUGGCCCUGUUCUUCAUCCUGCUCUGUCCGGUCAACAUCAUCGGACUGUGGUGGGCGGUGGGCAGUCCGCUGGUGAUGGACCCCAACAGUAUCUGCAGGAAGGCCAAGCGGCUGGCGGGGAAGCAGGCCGAGCUGUGCCAGACCCAGCCGGAGAUCGUCAGCGAGGUGGCCAAGGGGGCCAGGCUCGGCGUGCGGGAGUGCCAGUACCAGUUCAGGUACCGCCGGUGGAACUGCACCAGCCACAACAAAUACUUUGGCAAAAUACUGCAGCAAGAUAUCCGGGAGACAGCCUUCGUUUAUGCCAUCACGGCGGCCGGGGUGACCCACGCCGUGACCCAGGCCUGCAGCAUGGGCGACCUCCUGCAGUGCGGCUGUGAGGCCACCAGGAACAGGGCCCCCCCGAGGCCGCUCUCGCCCUCGCCCUCCUCCUCCUCCUCCGCCCCUGGGGACGGAGUCAAGUGGGAAUGGGGGGGCUGCGGAGACGAUGUGGAGUUUGGUUAUGAAAAGUCAAAACAGUUCAUGGACGCCAAGAGGAGGAGAGGCAAGAGCGACAUCAGGACGCUCAUCGACCUGCACAACAAUGAGGCCGGGCGGCUGGCGGUGAAGCUCUACAUGCGGACAGAGUGCAAGUGCCACGGCCUGUCGGGCUCCUGCACCUUGCGCACGUGCUGGAAGAAGAUGCCUCACUUCCGCGAAGUGGGCGACCGGCUGCUGGAGCGCUUCAACGGCGCCUCCAAGGUGAUGGGCGGCAACGACGGCAAGACCCUGAUCCCCGUGGGCCAGAACAUCAAGCCGCCGGACAAGCAGGACCUGAUCUACUCGGACGAGUCGCCCGACUUCUGCCUGGCGAACCGGAAAACCGGCUCGCUGGGGACGCGGGGCCGCAUGUGCAACAGCACGGCCAUGGACAUCAGCGGCUGCGACCUGCUGUGCUGCGAGCGGGGCUACCGGGAGGAGACGGUGGUGUUCGAGGAGAACUGCCUGUGUCGGUUCCACUGGUGCUGCGUGGUCCAGUGCAAGAAGUGCCUGGUCCGGAAAGAGCUCAGCCUCUGCCACUGAUGAACUGAGGUGUGAGAGUGGUCAGAUGUAGUUUGUUCUAAUGACUUCUGUUACUUUUUGAGGUGCGUGCUUUAGUUUGGCCACAGUGUGAAAGAUGGAUUUGGGUUUUUUGCACCAGUUUCAAUCAGAAAAUGUCCCAAAAAUGAACUUCCAGAUGGUGUUUGACUUCCAGAAGGACAUGAGAGGCUGGAAGGUGCAGAAGGUCAACACAACCACACGGCAACCAACAGAGAGAUGACACAAAAAGAAGACAAAUAAAGAAACGUUUCUUUUCAGAACUACCUAUUUCUUAUUUUUCUUGUUUGUGAAAAAGGACCAAAGAAUGUGAAACUGUGUUUUCCAUCUAAAUGAGAGAGGGAGCUCGAUGCCAGGAGGAACGAGACAUGACCUUCUCCUCCUUCCACGAGUUCAACCAGCGUGUCAAUGAUCCGCCUCAUUUAAUCGUGCAUUUCCCUAUGAAAACAGUUAGUAUCAUGGUUUUUAAAAAGUCCUGCACGUACUGGUAUCUAUCUGUCUAUGCUGCAGCAUCCCAGAAAAGUAAUGGAUCAUUGAUUCCUGCCUGUUCACCACCAGUGUAGCUGCAACUCCAUAUUUUUCAAAAGGAAAGAUGCUGGUCUUGACUUUCUUUCUGCUACUGCAUAAAAAAAAACAAAGGGAAACGGAAUCACAUUAUCCAAUUUGAAGAAUGGUGUCGACACUUUGGGUUUUUGCAGGUGUGGACUCGGCCUGUCAGCAGAGACUGUUAUUUAUAUAUAGAUAUGAUGACAAGACUACUCACCUCCAUCUCCCUCAGAAGCACUUUGCAUGUGACGGCUGCCAUGGACUUCCUCAGUAAUUGUUUGGCAAUAAAACUUUUUUUUUGAGAGUCGGCUGUUCCUUGUUCACCAAAGGACAAAAACCUGUGUUUGACAAAGAUGUUCGCUAAUCGAGAAAAAUGUAUAUGAUGUAUUUUUUGUUUAUCUGUUAUGACGUACAGGGCUGAUGUAAUAAUGCACUUUGGAUGUUGGCUCUCAUUCGAUACGUGUGUGUGUGUGUGUGUGUGUGUGUGUGUGUGUUGUGUGUCCACGUGUGCUCGUCGGAAGGUUCCCGGUUUGAUUGUGUUGAGCGUGUUGAAGUGUCCUUGAAUGAGUGUGUGAGUGUGUGUGUGUGUGUGAAUGGGUGAGUGAGACGCACAUUGUAAAGCACUUUGAGUGGUCCACAGUCUAGAGAAGUGCUAUACAAAUGCAGUCCAUUGACCAUGCGUCUGUGCAGGUAGGCCAGUUAUCACCGCACCCUUCAGUGGACAGUUCCUUUUAUAUAUAUAUAUAUAUAUAUAUAUAUAUAUAUAUGUAUCUGUAAGUUGCUGUCUGACGUUAAACUGCAUUGUGUCGGUUAUUAAAAGCACACGGCUCCGUGACUCUCUGUCUCCCGGGCGAGGCAGACCAGAUCUUUUUUAUCUGUCCAUCAACCUUUCAUGUCA